AUGCCCUCGUCCACAUCUGACGACGUCCCCGUCCCUGGUUCGGCGGCGCGGGAUUACCACUUCCGAUAUACAGUGCAGAAGGGGAUCUUUCUGCAGUCGGAGGAGAGCACGGAUGAUGCCGAGUUUGAUUUUAAGAAGCAACACUUUGGCCUGAUACCCCGGACAUACCCCAGCGCCAGCCCCAGCACCAGCACCAGCACCAGCACAUCCCCCUCCACCCCAGCAACCCCAGCCACGGAAGAAACCCAAUGGCGCCGCUUCACUUCCCACCUGCACUCGCUCCUCAGCACCGCCGCGCCAGACGAGCACUUCAAACUCGUCUUCCUAGCCCGCCACGGAGAGGGCUGGCACAACGUGGCCGAGGCCAAAUACGGCACCUCAGCCUGGGACCAGCAGUACGCCUGCCUCGACGGCGCCGACGGCUUGACGUGGGCGGACGCGCACCUCACGCCGACGGGCCAGCAGCAAGCGCUCGCGGUCCACGACCUGUGGGCCGACGAGCUCCCCCGCGGCAUCCCCGCCCCAGAGACCUUCUACGUCAGUCCCCUGACACGCACGCUGCAGACGGCGGACCGCUCGUUUGCGAACCUCUCCCUGCCGCACCCUAGACGCUACGUUCCCCGCGUGCACGAAGGCCUGCGCGAGGCGCUGGGCGUGCAUACCUGCGACCGGCGCUCCUCGCGCUCCGACAUUGCAAUCGCGUUCCCGCACGCCGUGUUCGAGGACGGGUUCGCGGACGAGGAUGGGCUGUGGGAGGCCGAGCACCGCGAGCCGCGGGCUGCGAGACGGUAUCGCUUGGCUUCGUUUCUGGAUCAUGUCGUUGCGAGUGAUGACGGGGUGGUGUGGAGUUUUACGAGCCACUCGGGUGCGAUUGCGAGUUUGCUCGAGGCGGUGGGACAUAGAGCCUUUAGGCUCGAGACUGGCGGUGUGAUUCCCGUCUUGCUCAAGGCGGAGAGGGUCGAGGGGAAGAGGAAGGCUCCCCCUAAAGAGCCGAGUGAGGCGCCACCGAUGUGUCAUGGCCUGCUGGAUGCUCAUGUUAGCGGUGUCUGA